AGAGCACACAGCGCGAUGCACUACCGCCGGCGUGUUGGGCCAUGAUAAGACACAGACGUAGAUUCAACGAGCCUUCCAGGUCGAGGGUGUCACCAGACAUAUAUGUGUCAAAUGUGAUCUAGGUAGCUCUCGGAUAUACAGACAAGUGGAUAGGGCAGAGAUUUCUGUGGGGGGACACUGAGGAGAUAAUCCAAGGACAUCGAUGUGACGGAUAAUUACAUUCUGACUCGCCUCAUAGAUGUCAGGAUGAAGCGAACGUGACGCUGCAUUCGAUGUCACCUCCCCAUCGACUCUGAACAUGGGAAGACUGGAUCUAUAUGUCAGCUGAGAUAGUGUCUUCACAUCGUCAACAAAGUUAUGAUCACACUAUGGUCACAGUUCUAUUCAAACUAAAUCUAGGCCUCUAGGAUUACUUAGGGCUGAAAGGAGACCAGCAAAAAAACAGCAGGAAAUCAGGGCAGUGAUGCUAUGCCUGUUGUAUGAAGCCGGUGUUCAGGUCAACUUUAAGUGAACAUCAUUAUGUUUGUCAGUUCAUUACCUAUCUAAUAAAUCUGUAGUGAAGGAAGCGCCUAAUCCAAUCAUGUCUAGUAGCGAGGAGUCAAAAUGUGCAGAAGACUCCACCGCCACUCUGCUGUUCUGCAGGCUGUGCCAAGCUGUAUACCGACAGCCCAAGAUCCUGCCGUGUCUGCACAGCUUCUGUCGCCCAUGUCUUGUCAGCGCUGUCAGCCACACAGCGGGCAGAGGCACCGUCAUCGUGUGCCCUGUGUGUUCCAAUGAGGCUAAGCUGCCCGCGAAUGGGAUAGUGGGAGUACCUGAUAACUGUUUCCUCAACAGACUGUGUCAGGAAUACGUUAGUGAAGUUCAGACUCAUCUAGUGGCCAGGUCACUACACUCUGGACAAGAAACUUCAGCCAAACCCUCAGAAUUCUCUUCUCUCAGGACACGGCUUAGCGAUGAGCUGUCGCACCCAAAGUUCUCUCCCAGCACUAGCCCUAACAGGAGCGCCAGCUCCAGGCCAUCCUCUGUCAGCAGCUCUAGCGAAGACCCCACAGACUCCGGAGCAGGAGACGUCUUCUCUGACCGCGGUUCCGUGACGAGCAAGGGCACUUCCGCCAGCGCGCUGGAAGCCAUUCGGAACAUGAGCAGGAUUCAGACCAAAAUCAUGAACCUGCAAGGAGAGGCGCUCAGGGUUACAUACGCCAUAGACCACGUGAACCAGUGCAUGAUAGACUGGCACCAAAACAGAGAGGAUCUAAGAAAGGCAGUGCAAAGAAGGGCAGCGCAAUAUCAAUUCUUCAUCAAAAGACUGGAGCAUCAGCUUAUCACUCAAAUCGACAGUAAAGCUGCGGACGACACGUUCUAUGCAGAGUCUGACAAAAGCAAGUCUGACUUGAGGAAGAACCUUAAAAACAUCUUGUAUGAAGUCAGUGUUCUGAAGAGCAUACAAGAACGGGGAAAGGACGAGGAGAUCAACACCCUUAGUGCCUCGAUAUUGGGGAAAUCUGUGGGCAUGAAUGAGGUUUCUAUGAAGAAGCUUCACUACGAGAUAAAUGUCCCAACAAGAUCUAUAGAAGAAAUAGUAAAUGAAAGCUUCGGUAAAAUAAACCUAUUGUCAGAGAGCACUUCCGUAUUUAGUCCGGAGAUUAUAGAUUUCACUGAUAUAGCCGUGGGGUCGACAUCUGAAGAAGGAGCCACACAAGAACAGACGAAAGUUAAUAUAGACGAGAGGCUGGAGAUGUUCACCGAAGAAGAUGUGGAGGAAGAGAACAGGAGGUCAAAGAGAAGAUCAAACGAGAAAAGGUCAAGGAGACACAAUACAGAUCUGGGUCUCAACUCCACUGAAGUGCAGGAUUAUCUUGCACAGUUUCAAACUGCCAGGGAAACCUUCAGGAACAGAAGAAGGGAAAUACUUCUUCAGGGACAGAUGGCCAGAGAAGAUGCUUCACCCGUAAGAAAUGAGGUCAGGCCAAGACCAAGAUCAAGCUCUAGAAAUGGCAGGGUUCAGUCCUUAGACAGAUCAGCGAUGCCAAUAACUAGAGGAAGAUCUUCGCUUCCUGGGCUGCAAACUACCAGAGCCAACGUAGCAACGGUGCUAGAAACAGGAUCAACAGGUGUAUACACGGCCAGUAUGAGACCCACUGAUAUUAGCUUGCCAUCCCCUGUUAUAGAAGAAGCCUCUAUACCAAGCUCUCCCGUCCGUUCCCUAGUUAAACAAAUAUCAGAUCCAAGGCAUUAUCGUCCAGAUAUUUCCUCUCCCUCCUCUGACAUCGCCGCGCCUAUUUUAGAAAACCAAGUCCUGGGCGAAGGUGGCACACAUUCCUCUCGCCGACAUUCCUCUGAUCAACUCUCUCCAUUACUAUCACCCCUAAUGCAACAAGGAAGAAACUCGGUUGACUUACUCGAUCGCACCUCGCGUCCAAUACGGAGAGCACUGAGUGCUGCAGGUGACAGGAAGUCAAAGAUGGAGUUUCUCCGUGAAAACUGGCAAAGAAGAAAAGAGCUGCUGAUACAAAAUGAAGGUUUUGUCAGCCCAGAAAGCCAACAAAUGAAAGCAGCUGUUGUUAUUAAAUCUCCGCCUAUUUCUCCAGUACUUACCCACACUGCCACUAGAACACAGUCUUUCUCUCUGCAACCGAAACCUAAAGAAGCCUCAGCGCUGUCUCCUCCAGCUUCUCCUGAUGAUGUCAAGUUGGGACCAAUGCAGCAGCUAAGAAGCAGACUUUCUCACUUCAGGCAGAUCAUUGGAACUAAUGGAGGCGCUAAGAUCAAGAGUGAAGAAGAAAAAAGCCCAGAGGUGAUUCUGAAACCAACAGUUCCAGUCUUGUCACAAGAAGCAAGAUCACCAGUAACUACAACUAGUACUGCAACUGACGCUGUUUCGCCAGUUAUAAGGACAUCAUUAAGCAACGUUUCCAACAUACGAGGUCAAACUACAGAUUCCCAAGAAUCUUCAGCUGCUACGCCAUCUUCAUCAAUUCAAACCUCCGCUGCAUCGAGUCAAGAUAUUACGCCCGAAACAGUCAGUUCGAAAGUAUUAUCAGCUCCUGUAACUUCAGCAGAAAGUUCCCCAGCAAUCGUGACUACAACUCAGCCACCAUCAGCUACCACCACCACCACAACAACAACAGGCUAUGUCAGCAGAUAUGGAAUUAGAUCCCCGUCAACAGUCUCAUCCACAACCACAACCAGUAGCUACACCAGCAGAUACUCUUCCUAUUCCAAACCAGCAACAGAUAGCUUCGACGUUGCUGCGAUGAUCGCAGCCAUGUACAGCGGCAAUGAGAAGGCCAUCAUCAGUACUAAAAAGUCUGAGCCUACAAGCACUGCCACUACAUCUAGCACCACAGCUACAAGCUCCACUACUUCCACAACUAAUGUAAGCACAUCCAAUAGUGCACCAUCCAGUACAGCGACCUCUGUAGUCACCACUACUGCCUCUGACGUCCCCACCACAACAACCAGUAGCUAUGCACCUUACGUUGGAAGAUACACGCGUUACACCACCAGCAGGGACUACACUCAAACAAGCUCAGCCACACCUUCCACCCUUUCUUCAAGCCUGAGUUCACCAUCCACCAUCACAACUAGCAAUGCAUUUUCAGAGAAGUCAUCAGGCAAAGCUAGCAUUACUGACACUUCUCGCACUGACUCCAGCAAAACAGCAUCUUCUGGACCAAUCAAUACAUCAUCAUCUUUAAGAUCAUCUGCUUGGAGGGCCGGGAUACUUACCCCGGACACAAGCUCUACCAAGUCUGACGUAACAACCCUCACUGCCAAGUCUGAGGUAACAACCCUCACUUCUACCAUAAGUCCUCUGCCUAUUUCAUCUACGAUAGAAAAAGAUGAGAUGACCAAACUGGACACGUCCCAAAAUGGUACCCCAGCAAGUGAACAACAGAAAUUCAAGCUAGAGUCAAGGAGAUCUCGGUACACUGGUCAAGGGUUCAACCGACGACACACAAUUGAAGUAGGCAAAAGUGACAUUCAGGCAGCCCUAGCACUUCAAUCACAGCGACAGCCAGUUCAAAACCCUUCAUCUCUUCCACCCGUGGUAGAAAGUGACCAACAAGAAGACUUGAUCUCCACUACAUUCCACGUUGGUGAAAGACGUGUGGCCCCCAGAUUCAUUCCUGCACCCUUGAACCUGGAGCCACUCCAGGAGGGGGAGACAACAGAGAAAGACAGCCCGUUAAAGACACCCUCCAAGUUGACCGCUGCUGUAGCAGCCUUAAAAUCGCCUUCCAUGUCACCGACAUCCCCAGAUUCCAGUACAAUCAAAGGAAAGCUAAGAGACAUUGCCAGGAAAAAGAAAGAAAGGUGGAGACAUUUGACCAUACAUUAAUUAUAUUUACAAGGACACUUAGUAACUAGCAAGAAAGAUAAGAAACAUUUCAACAAAAUAGUUUUAUUAUUCAGCAGUGACUAUUUUAGCCAAUAAAAGAUACUGGAUGUUACAAUCAAACAUACUCCAACUUAUUUCAAGCUUGAGUCCUAAUACCAGACGUUUUAUCAUUAGUUCAAAUCAAUGUGUACAAUGAGAUUUCCCCCUCCAUCUGUUACUGCAUACGGAAUUUGAUUUCCUUAGCUGAUUAAAAGGACUGAAUAUAUUGAGAAAAUGGGCAGUCACAAAUUUUAGAAUUUAUUAUUUACAUAAAGAAAGACGAAAUUUGGUAUGAUAAGACAAAUAUAUCUGAAUAGUCAAAUAUACAACUAAGAACUUUUUAGCUACCAAAGUUAUUUGAAAGUAACAAUAUCUUCCUAUAGGAGGAAUACUUGCCAUUGUAAUCUCUACAUAUACAAAUAUAAGAUACCCAACCAAUAUGGCUACUUAAUGCCAUUAGUUAGUCUGAGGCUUAUAGUGUGUAGUUUAAUUUUAACUUGCUUCACCCCAUUAACAAUAUAUAAUGAUCUUACUGAAUUGUAAGUGGUAGUGUAACCCAUUUGUUUUUGUGUGUGUUCUGCACAACUUUGACUCAAUAUUUGUAUGAUAAACAGUGCAUUCAACUCUCACAAUGUGCGUGUACAAUUGAGAGCCAGCCUCAAGUAUGUUCAGCUACUACACUGUGGUCUAGUCUUGUCACUGUUCCACCUUAUUCUGUUAAUCUACAUGUUUAGUGCUACCACAUCACAAGUUCACUAUGUAUACUGUUAUCUAUAUCUCUGUUAAUACUCUAUUUUAAACAUGGCCGAAGCAAAUCAGUCUGAAUUGAGUCACUUAUGAAUGACUAAACUGGAACACAACUUGAAAGGUGACUUGUAUUGAAACAGUGGCCAGACAGAAAACAUUUCCUUAUUACAGGAAGGUAUCAACAGAGUUUAAUGAAUAAAAGAAACUAUGUGAUAUCUCUUUCAUAUGUAUCGGUAUAUAUAAAGAAGAGAUAAGGAAAAGAGACAAAUUGAAUUUUCUUGACACAACAAUUAUUUGUUCUUUAUGCUUAGAAAUCAUUUGGAGACUACACUCUUUGUUCUUACUUGCAUCUCUAAUAAAGCAUUGAACAACUUGUUAUAAAAUUCCUUCCUGCAGACUGUGAUCAGUAUUGAAGCAAUUUAUUGAAAUAUCUGAGCCAUCAUUGGCUUAUAAAAAGUGAUUAGCACCUUAACCCAAUUAUAGAUCUCUAUUCAUGUGUGGUCAAUUGGUAUAGGCUAAAAAUGACGUUUUCAUUUUAAUUAAAUUCUAUCAAUAUUAAAAAUAUUGUUUUGUUUUUUUAUACAAUAGCUUUUACUAAAAUUUGCCAUGUUACAUAGACUAUUUAGUUCACUCUGAAACAUACCUAGUUAGACUUCCAAGAGGAGGAACAGUUACAACAGAUUCUGAAUUCUAAUUAAAUAAGCAUUAAAAGGAAAUGUUAGAAAGCUUAGCUAAAUACGAUUCUGAUCAAAUGUGUUUUUUUUUCUACUUGACAUUUUAGAGAAACUUUUAAAGAUGUCCCAUUUAAGAAAAGAAGCAUGUUGAUACAUCAAUACAUUAUGAAUGUGAGUUGUCUGCAACCUAUUCUAAUAUAAGGUGCUCAUGUAAUUAUCUAACUAUGUUUUUGUGUUCAUUGUAGACAUAUCAGUGUAGCUUAGUGUGAGGAAAUCUAGUUCAGAUGUUGCUUAGCUCAUUCAUUCAAUAGACUUUGUCAUUAUGUGACUAUGGUCCACACCAGAAGAUGCAGAAAUCUUGGAAAUAUGUGAUGUGUACUGUGUUUUCUUUUUUCAAACAAUUUCAAACAUGAGUUUUACUCUAGAAUUAAUCAUAAACUAGCUUUGCCUUUUUUUUUAAAUACAUUCUUGUCAAUAAAUUUGGAUUUAAAAGUGACUAUAAAGAACCAUGUAGGUAUCCUUGUUUAACAUUAAAACUGCACUUGAAAGUAACAUGUGAAACAAAAAAAUGCUGUGGUAAUGUAUUAGUACGUUGUAUUUUUAGAUCAUAGUUUCACAACUCAUUUGAACAGAAGUUUGGGUUAGUUAGAUAUCAGUUUUUCUUACUGGUGUAUGAAGCAUCAUCACAUAUGGCUAAAAUCUUUUAAUGUUAGAUAGCCUAAUAGUAUAAAAUAUACUAUUCAGUAGCACAGUGAAUUUGAUGAAUCAAUGUUAUUGAAAAAAAUGUGUGUGAAUAACAAAUAUUUACAUAAUUAUUAUGUCUUUGCAUCUAAAUAUAGAUACUAUUUUAGUGCCAUUUAUUUAAAAGUUAAAAUACAUGACAUCUCUAAUGUAUUCAUACAAGACAAGUCAAUUUACUUCAACUGUUAGAACUUACAUUUAGUUGCUAUUUAGCAAUCAUUUGUUCUUAAGUGCACUUGGUAAGCAUGCUUAGUUGACAUAUUAGUUUGAUCUGAAGUGCACUUGGUAUUUUUGUUUAGCUAAUGCUGAAUUUUUUUAAUUAAAAUUGUAUCAUUUUUCUUCAGGGCUGUUUCUAAUUAUAUUGGCAGCACUAAGGAUUUUUUUUAAAUGCUGCUCUCCUUUCCCAUGUUAAAACAAUUAAAAAAAUGUUUGUUUGAAGUGUAUUCAAUUAAAAAAAAGCAUUACACUGUUAAGAAAUACUGUGCCACUACACUCUAACGAGUUGAAAUUAGAUAGAUAAGAAAUUGAGAAAAUCCUGCGAAGAGAAUAAAAAAAGUUUCCAUGAAUGUAAUCUUCAGAGCAAGAAAAUAAAAAUAAAUAUACCAUAAAUGGUCAGGUGUUCCAUAGCACAUGAUUGAACAUGUCAGGUUGUGGUGCUUUGUUAAAUAAAUGAUGCCAUUUAGUAUACAAAUAAUGACUUGUUUUAGUAAUCACUGUAUCCAAGUAAAUUAAAUUUUUUUCACCUUCACUAUGAAGCUUUUUUUUUUCAUUUCAAAUUAUUACUCUGCUUUUUUUUUUUGAUAACCCUGACAUUCUGGAGCUCUAGGUGACAACUUAGUGUUUCCUCUUGGUAGAAACAACCCAUUAUAUAUACACCAUGGCUAGGCAUUGUAUAAAAUGCUAUAAGCUCUAUAGAAAAGUAAGAAAAAAUAAUGUGGUGCUUCUAGAUAAAAAAUCUUUUUUUUUCUUAUACUGUGGUAUAACUUAUAGUAAGUUGAUACAAAUUUUAAGGCAAAGUUCAAAGAUACUUUCUUUCAAUAUACUUCAAACUUUAACACCUACAACAUUCAAAUGUCAUUAUUUGGAAAUGCUAUCUUACUUAUUUUGCCUAAAGUAGUUUUGAAAUUCUCUAGCCUGCCUACAUCAAGUAUAAAAUUUAAACUUUUUGCUGACCUGCAUUAAUAAUUCUUUAAAUGUCUAAAAAAAUCAGCACGAAAUCAUUCUAUGCAGAGAGCCCUAUCAUAAUGUCAAACUUAACAGUUUCGUUUCGAAUUUCGAAAAAAGUCCAAUUCAAUAGAUAAGUUUAGACUCAGAUGAGAGUCAUUCUGUUUGAUAAAUGUAAGUAAUAUUAGAUUCAUUUAAAAAUUGGAUUGUAAUCUUUAUAUUAACAAAAUGACAAAUUGUGAUUGAUGAUAAAACUUUUACAUAUUUUUAAAAGUACCAAGAAGAGAUAGAACAAAUUUUGUUUUAAUUUUUCUUUAACAAAUCUGUCUUUCAUAUCUAGGCUGUUCUGUAAGUUACUGAAAACCAAUGAAGCGUCAGUUGCCUGAGUUGAUAAUAAAACACAAAUAUGCUUGUCUAAAUAUUGCUUUCAAUAAGUUUUUUUAUGCAUUAUUAUGUACUAUUUUUUGCUGGCUGUUACAGAAUAUUUUUACCAUUUCUCUAUUUGUGUAUGAAUUGUUAUUGUGCCUAAACUUUUUUUUUUUUUUUGUUAUAUCAUUAAUCAAACUGUCCUGUAUUGAUCAUGUUAUAUAUAUAUUUUUUAUAAUAUUAUAGACCUCUAUCUAUAUGAUAUGCUGACAUUUCAUUAGAACCAAUUUAUUCCUGUUACAUCUGUGCAAUUAUUAAAGCUUAUUUAUCAAAAACU